AACACACACACACUCUGAGCAGAGUCCGGGAAGUAGAGAGACGGAGACAAAGACCAACUGGUAGAGCAGCAGACAAAAGUAGAUGAAGAAAGAAGAAGUGAAGAGAAUGAAAGAAUCAUCAUCAGUGAUUCUUCAUCAACUGUCGUUGAAGUCUGUCUUUCAUCCUGAGAAGAAAAGGAUGAUCAGGUGCCUCCUCUUCCUGCUUCUCCUGACGUUGGCGACUGACGCUCAGGUUCUGUCUUUGUCACAAAUGUAUGGCAGCAUCAAAUCGCCAAAUUUCCCAGAGCCAUAUCCCAAUGAGACAGAACUGCGCUGGAAUGUCAGCAUUCCUGAAGGAUUCCGAGUCAAGUUGUACUUCACACACUUUGACCUAGAGCCGUCCUACCUGUGUGAGUACGACUUUGUCAAGGUGGAGGCAGAGAGGGAGGAGCUGGCAUUGUUCUGCGGGAAGGAGGAGAGCGACACUGAAGCUGUGCCCGCUCAGCAGGUCAUCACUUCACCCAGAAACUCCCUCAGCCUGCUCUUCUCCUCUGACUUCUCCAAUGAGCAGAGACAUUCAGGUUUCAUGGCUCACUACAGUGCAGAGGAUGUUGAUGAAUGCAGUGAUUCCAGUGAUGAAGAUCUGUUUUGUGAUCACUUCUGUCACAACUUCAUUGGAGGUUACUACUGCUCCUGUCGCUAUGGUUACCUGCUGCAUACAGACAAUCGUACCUGCAGAGUGGAGUGCAGCGAUGCUGUGUUCAGGGAACGCUCUGGUAUUCUCAGCAGUGUUGAUUUCCCGGCUCCGUAUCCAAAAAGCUCUGACUGUUUGUAUCGUAUUGAGGUGGAGCCUGGAUUUAAGAUCCGCCUCCAGUUUGACCCUAGCUUCAACGUCGAGGAUCAUCCUGACGUCAGGUGUCCUUACGACUACAUCAAGAUCACAGGGGGCAGCACUGAGCAGGGCCCUUUUUGUGGAGAUAAAUCCCCAGGAGUCAUUGAGGUGGACAGUAACGUGGCCUCUGUCGUCUUCCACAGUGACAACUCAGGAGAAAACCUGGGAUGGAGGUUGACGUACACAGCUAUAGGAAGUAAAUGCGUAGUACCUGAAAUCCAGCCCCACGCUCUGAUGAAUCCUGUCCAAUCAGAAUAUUCCUUUAAAGACCACAUUGUCUUCACCUGUGAGCCUGGAUUUCGACUGCUGAAGGAUGGACAGUAUCUGGACCAUUUCCAGAUCGACUGUGGUUCUAAUGGAUCCUGGACUAGUCGUCCUCCUCAGUGUCACAUGGUGGAUUGUGGGAGUCCAAAGGUGGUGGACCUGGCAGAGGUGGUUUUUGGGAACCACGACAACACCACUCGAUUUGGAUCGUCUGUCACGUACGUCUGUAGAGGGGACAUGAUGGAGCCAAGCACCAGCAACACGUCUUACACCUGUGGCCAGAAUGGAGAAUGGACAAAUGUAGAAGCAGGAGUCAAACUGCCCCGCUGUCUUCCAGCCUGUGGACGUCCCUCGCGUACCUUCCCCCCUCAGAUGAAGCGUAUCGUGGGAGGGCGGACUGCAGAGCCAGGCCUCUUCCCAUGGCAGGUCCUGCUCAGUGUUGAGGACCAGUCCAGAGUUCCAGAAGACCACUGGUUUGGUUCUGGAGCGCUGCUGUCUGAGUUCUGGGUCCUCACGGCAGCCCACGUUCUCAGGUCUCAGAGGAGAGAUGCUAGUGUGGUUCCUGUGGCACCAGAACACGUGAAGGUCUUCCUUGGUCUCCAUGACGCCAACAACAAACAUAAGGCUGACAGUCGCUCAGUGGACAAGGUGGUCCUCCAUCCACACUUCCAACCCAACAACUAUAAUAAUGACAUCGCCCUCAUAAGGCUGACUGAGGCAGUGGAGUUUAACAGUUACAUCCGACCUGUGUGUUUGCCCUCCCCCAAUGAUGAGCCUAACUCCUCGUCACUCCUACCUAACUCUCUGGGAGUUGUGGCUGGGUGGGGGAUCUCCAACCCUAACUCCACCUUUUCUUCUUCAUCCCCACCGACCUCCGUCACCACGGCGAACUUUGACCCCGGACUGACCUCUGACAUCCUACAGUACGUAAAGCUACCGGUGGUUUCUCAGGGCGAGUGUCGGGCCAGCUACUCCUCUCGCUCCGUCAGUUACAACAUCACAGACAACAUGUUCUGUGCUGGCUUCUUUGAAGGGGGGCGGGACACCUGCUUGGGUGACAGCGGAGGGGCGUUUGUGACAGAGGACCAGCUCACCCGGAGGUGGGUGGUGUCAGGGCUUGUGUCAUGGGGAGGCCCAGAAGAGUGUGGGAGUCGGCGGGUGUAUGGUGUUUACACUCGAGUGGCAUCAUAUGUGGAGUGGAUAGAGAAACACCUCCAGAUUUUCCCCUGAUGGUGAGACUCUGUAACAGCAGCAAAAAGGUGUGUCCAACUGAAAUGUGAGAUUUGACAGUACAAUGACGUUAGAAUGAUGUAAUGAUAUAACAGAACAUCACACGAAGUAAAAAAAGAAGUAAGAACACCAUAUAAAAGUAUGAUAUUUUUUCAA